AUGGCUUUAGGAUUCGCUAAAUAUGCAGCCACAAUUUCGUUAGCUGGAGGGGCGAUUUACUGGUCAGUUCAACAAGGAAUUUGGGGCUCCACCAAAGAAGGUUCAGAAGCAGGCAAAAAACUGACAAAAACUAUUGCACCAGCCACAAGUGAAUAUGUUGAAAAGAUUCCAUCAGUGAAGGACGUCAAAACAUUUGUGAGAACAAACUGGAACACAGGAGUUAAAACAUUGUUCACUGCAGCCUCACAGUUACCAGAAGUUGCAGGGGAAUACAAAGAAAAGGCUAAAGCAGCCCUUGCAGAUAAAUCAGGAAACUAG